CUCAAAUUGCAAAUGAUUUCAAGUUCAACAAUUCGGGACGAAAUCAUUAUAAUAUUUCCAUAAAUAUCGCUUAGGGGACGCUAUUGAAUUAUUUCUUAGAAGGAGGAAUAUAUUUUGUUACUUUUAGAACAGUGACUUUGGGUUUAUUGCGAAGAAUAAACGCGAAAAUGUUCUACAGAAACUGUUUAAGAACUUUCACAAGAUCAGCGCAGUUUUUACUGAAACCCAAUGGUUUGGGCGCUAGUUUCAGUAAUCGCAGGACUAUGGUGCCGUUUUCCACCAGCAAAUUGGCGUUGAAAGAAGAGAAAGUAAAAGUAACAUUCGUCCGUAAUGACGGAGAGAGAAUAGAGACGGAGGGUAAAGUUGGAGACACACUGCUCGACGUGGUAGUAAACAAUGACCUGAAUAUUGAGGGGUUUGGCGCGUGUGAGGGCACACUUACGUGUUCCACUUGUCAUGUUAUAUUACAAGAAGAUGUUUACAACAAUUUACCAAAUGCCCAGUGUGAGGAAGAACGAGACAUGUUAGACUUAGCAUAUGGCGUCACAAACACCUCCCGACUUGGUUGCCAAGUAACCCUCACGGCAAGCCUCGACGGAAUCGAAGUCAAAUUACCGGAGACUAUCCAUGACGCCAGGAGUUGAUGACCAGCGCGCGCCUUUCGCUAAAGCGCUUAUUACACCUGUCCGACAGGCUACGCGUCAAGCCCACGGGUGGUUACCCACUCCCCACCAACUCGCUCGAGAUCGUGGUUACUAUGGUUACUCCCCACCAACUCGCUCGAGAUCGUGGUUACUAUGGUUACUCCCCACCAACUCGCUCCAAAUCGUGGUUACUAUGGUUACUCCCCACCAACUCGCUCGAGAUCGUGGUUACCAUGGUUACUCCCCACCAACUCGCUCGAGAUCCUGGUUACCAUGGUUACGACCCGCCGGUUUGCUAUUAGACUACACGAUCAGCAGGUGUUGAGAGUGCGUACAGAGUAUCGAAAGCAAAAAAACAUUACGUGCAGAUUUUUUAUUGAAAAAAAAAAACUGAUGUAAGGCUAACAUGCGCGACGUGAUAAAAUUUUGUAACGGUAAUUUUAUCGAUUCUGACGAUAUAAUUAUGUCGUUUUGUCGAUUGGUGCUAAUAUGUGAACUCGAAUAAGUCGUGUCGUUCUGUGAAAAUACGAACAAAAUCACUUGGCACGCAUGUUAGAGGAAAAAACUAACUUAUCGAUUUGAACCAAAUUUAUUGCAUCGAUCGAUAAUUU